CGAACGCCUACCCCUCGUCUUUCGCUAUGUUUGCAAGACAAGUAUUUCGCCCCGCGAACACCCUGCGGCAGCAUGUACGUCGGUACGCAAGUGAAGCGUCUGAGAAGAAGAAGGGCGGGCCGAACCUGCUAGUUCCCGGUGUCGCAAUCGGCGGAAUGGUCGUCGGUUACUAUGUUCUGCGCCGGCGAUACCCUGAAUACGCCGAUGCUGCCAAACAGACUGCAGGCGGAGAGCCAAAGGUCGCCUUCAAGGGCGGCGAUCAGGGCUUCCUCUCGUUGCCGUUGGAGAAAACAGAGAUUGUCAAUCAUAACACGAAGAGGCUCACCUUCAGGCUGCCCGAGCCGGACAUGGAGAGCGGUUUGCCGGUUGCCUCUGCUGUCAUCACCAAGUACAAGGGUCCUGAGAUGGAGAAACCUGUCAUUCGACCGUAUACGCCCAUAAGUGAUGUUGAUCAGAAGGGAUCCAUCGAAUUACUGGUCAAGCGGUAUGAGAACGGGCCUAUGUCGGAGCACUUGCAUAACAUGGCCGCGGGUCAGCGUCUUGAUGUCAAAGGGCCUAUCAAGAAGUACCAAUGGUCUCCGAAUAAGCAUGAGCACAUCGCCCUGAUUGCGGGUGGUACCGGCAUUACCCCCAUGUGGCAGCUUGCCAACGCCAUCUUCAAGAACCCCGAGGACAAGACCAAGGUUACCUUAGUGUUUGGCAACCUUACCCAUGAUGAUAUCUUGUUGAAGGAGGAAUGGGCACGUCUGGAAAACACCUAUCCCCAACGAUUCAGGGCCUUCUACGUCUUGGACAACCCGCCGGAAGGCUGGGCGGGAGGUCAGGGCUUGGUUACCAAGGAGCUCCUCAAGACGGUACUCCCAGAACCCAAGGAGGGUGACAAGAUCAAGAUUUUCGUGUGCGGUCCCCCGGGAAUGUACAAGGCCAUCAGCGGUGGCAAGAAGAGCCCUGCGGACCAGGGCGAGCUCUCUGGCUACCUGAAGGAGCUUGGAUAUAGCAAGGACCAGGUGUACAAGUUUUAGAUCUGCUAGUCCUUAACCCUGCUGUGAAGCGUGUACUUAUAUCACCUAGACGUAGAUGUUGGAUAAUUCACGUAGAUUAUGGUUUACUGCACAGCAGGACCCCUCCGAUGGAGUUUGUCUUUGUGAGUCUUGAUUUUGCUUUCCGUCCUCCCGUCCCCUUCGGGAUAUUAUCAGAUAGACAAUGGAGAACUUAACUCCAGUUUCCAGGACUUCGCUGUCGUUCUUCACUGGACUGGCAGGGGACAUUCCCUCAUGCUGGAGUUGCGGCAGAUGAGGAGGCAUGUGGCUAUCAACAUAUGGAGCCCGGCCGUCUCGUAUCCCAACAUGAUAAUAUGAUGUUGGCAUUGUUUUGUCCCUCUAAAUACCCCGUACUCCGGUUAGCGGGAAGGUGUAGCAUAGCGCAUGUCUAUUGAUAGGUCAACCGAG